GGGAAAGUCAAAAUCCCCAAAUUUUUUUUACCUGCUCAUUUCUCCCUCUGCUUCUCAUCUCCGUCGCGCCCUAAAUCCCCCAAAUAACUCUCAAAAUUUACCCCCAAAUUUCCCAUUUCCAGCACAAGUCAAUACACCUACACCAAUCACACUUCUUCUUCCUUUUCAUUUUUUCAAAGGUAGUAGUAGAAAUGGGAGUUCUAGGAAAUCUGGUCGAUUUGAGAUUUUUCUUUCUUUUUUGUCUCUGGGAUUUGAGAGUUGUGAAGGUUAAGAAGGUCUUGAGUGAUGGCAUUACAAGAGAAGUUAGGUAGAUUUAAACAGCAGCAGGAGAAGUGUCAAUCGAUGCUCUCCAACAUUGCAGCAAAAUCAGCAUCUUCUAGGUCUACUCCAAAACCUGCACCUACAGCCACCUCCCCCUUUUCCCUGUUGUCUAGCUGCAAAAUCAUGUGGACAUGUCAGAAAUUACAAGGAAAGAACAGAUCGAAGCCCAACCAGCAAAGAAGGGAAGAGGAAGAAAACAGUAGCUGGAUUUUCUGCUUAACACAUGGGGUUCUUAAACAAAUACUAUAGGACCUUUUGAAUUUUAGAGAGAAAUCGUGACUUUUUACGAAUUGAAAAUGCUGAGAUUGUCAAAAUUUUCAUGGAAAAUUUAUCGUGUUUUCUAGAUUCCAUUGAAUGAAGAGAUUCACUUUCUGUAGAUCAUGAUACAAUUUUACCAUUUUCUCUCCCUUUUGGGUGGAUAUUGAAGCUCUAAACUCACCACUAACCAAAGAAAAAAAAUCUUUUACAAGGGUUGUGGACCAUCUGUGUUUUUACUUCUCCAGGAUGCUGAAUAUCAUGCAAUGCUACAAAGUUCAACCCUCUUCACCCAAUAAAUCUGCAAAAGAGCUUAUCAUGUUUGAGCAACAUUGCAAUAUUGAAAAUCUUGGUCGAGUUAACAAAGUUAAGGUCAAAAGGCGAAUCACAGUGGAGAGUUUACAAUUAGAACCACUUUGUAAUCAGAGCAUGGAGAAGUUCUUCAAGUUCCCCACUAUGAAGUUGGACAGAAAUAUGAACGACAUCAUGAUUACUUCUGCUUAUCAUUUCUGCCCUUACAGAGGACACAAAAGCUCUCAAUCAGCUUAACACACUUAUCCGGAUGGGAAGGAUAUGG